AACCUAUGAUUCCUGUGAAAUUCAUCCUGGGGCCAAUUUGAACAUGAUAGUGGGUGCCAAUGGCACUGGAAAGUCCAGCAUUGUCUGUGCAAUUUGUCUGGGAUUGGCAGGAAAAACCUCCUUUAUUGGCAGAGGAGACAAGGUUGGUCUUUAUGUGAAACGAGGAUAUAGCAAAGGACAUAUUGAACUUGAAAUUUACAGGCGUCCACGCAACCUUAUCGUGAGACGAGAGAUUUCUGUUGUGAACAAUCAAUCUGUCUGGCAAAUAAAUGGAGAACAUGCAACCCAGAAAAUGGUGGAAGAACAGACUUCUGCUUUGAAUAUCCAAGUGGGGAAUCUCUGCCAGUUUUUACCUCAGGAGAAAGUUGGGGAGUUUGCAAAAAUGUCAAAAAUCGAGCUACUGGAAGCAACUGAAAAAUCAGUUGGCCCACCAGAAAUGUACAAGUUUCACAGUGACUUAAAGAAUUACCGCGAAAAAGAGAAGGAGCUUGAGAAUACAUGUAAAGAAAAGUCAGCUGCUUUGGAGAAAAUGAAGCAGAGGAAUGAACGGAACGAGCAAGAUGUGCAGCGGUAUUAUGAACGACAGAGACAUUUAGACAAAAUAAAGAUGCUGGAAAGAAAGAGGCCUUGGGUGGAAUAUGAAGUUGCUCGACAGGAGCAUGAAGAAGUGAAGCGUGUCCGUGACCAGCUUAAACAAGAACUGAAAGCACUCAAAGAAGCCCAAGCUCCAAUGACCAGAAAAAUUCAAACUGUUGAAAGGCAAUGUCGGGAGCAGGAAACAAAAAUAAAAGAAAAGGGGUCUGAAAUUAAGAAUAUCACUCAAGAAUGCAAACAGAAGCAAGAUGAUUUAGAAAGGAAGGACAAAGAGGUUGAAGAAGUUCAGCAACGUUUAAGAAUGAAAAAAGAUGAAGAAAUUGACCGCCAGAAAAGAAUAAGUAACACCAAAAAGAUGAUAGAAGAUUUGCAGAAAGAACUGAACACUACCAGGAAUUAUGACCAUGUGCAACCAGAAAUAGAUCAAAUCAGUAGUGCUCUCCGCAGAGUUCAACAGGAUAAAGGAGCUGUUGACAGUGAGAAAGUAGAACUACGAAGAGAAAAGGAAAAUCUGGAGAAAGAGAAAAAGAAGGUUAUGAUUAAUAUCAAGAGACUCGAAGACAUGAUGCACAUUAAAGAAGAAAAUCUUAGAAAUUAUUUCAGAGAUACGUACAAUGCUGUCUUGUGGUUAAGACAGAACAGAAAUCGAUUCCGUGGGCACAUCUAUGAACCAAUUAUGCUUGAGCUUAAUAUGAAGGAUUCGAGAAAUGCCAAAUACAUUGAAAAUCAUAUUCCAAUGAACGAUAUGAGGGCCUUUGUUUGUGUGAACAUGGAUGAUAUGGGUGCAUUCCUUUCUGAGGUUCGUGAUAAACAGAGGCUAAAAGUAAAUGCAGUGUGUGCACCUUCCAUCUCAGCUGCAGGGAGGCCACCCACGAGGCCCAUUCAAGAACUUCAAAUGUAUGGAUUUGUCUCCUACUUGAGAGAGCUGAUAGAUGCACCAGAACCUGUAAUGAGUUAUCUAUGUGAGCAGUACAAGGUUUAUGACGUUCCAAUAGGGACUGCAAGAACCAAAAUGAUGAUUGAAAAGGUAAUAAGUGAAACACAACUGCGUCAGAUCUAUACAGGAGAAGAACGAUACAGCGUAAAGAAAUCCAUUUACUCAAAUAAAAUUAUUUCAAGCAACACACAGCUAAAGGAUGCUAAGUUUCUCACUGUACAGGUGGAUGUGGAUGAAAGAAGACGCUUGGAGGAUCUAUCAAAGGAAGUAACCUCCAAUUUGAAUGCAGUAGAAUCACGCAUUGCUGAGUUUUCUGAGAAACAGAGACUUCUUGAGCGCAAGGAUAAUGAACUGAGAACAAAGAAGAAAGAACUUUUGGAGAUGAAGAGCAGGCGAAGACAAAUAGAACAAAAGAUCAGCACAAAAAAUGAUAGUCUGAAGCAGAUGGAGAUGGAUACUAUCAACAUUGAAGAGGAAGAACGAAAAGCAAAUGCAAAAAUGAAGGCGAUCCAUAAUCAAAAGGCCAAACUAGUCUCUGAAUUAACACAGCUUAUUAGGACCUGCCUCUCACUGAACAUGGAGAAAGUUGGCUUUGUUCUUGAAAACACGUCAUUGACAUAUCAGAAGAAUCGGCUGGAAACAGAAUAUAAAGAAUCAGCUGCAGAACAAAAAAUGAAAGAGCAACAAUAUGCAGAGUUGGAUGAGAAAAAGCGACGACUUCUAAAUAUGUGUAAAGAGCGCAUGAAAGCAGCCAGAGAGGCCUGUGACUUGGAUCCUAAUGAAAGUGACAUCCCUUCAGAGCUGAUGACAGCAUUUCAAAGUCUUCCAAAUUCACUGGAUGAAAUAGAUGCUUCGCUUAAUGAAGAAAGAUCAAGAGCAUCCUGUUUCACAGGCUUGAGUUCUUCAGUAAGGGUGCCAAUUUUUUUUUUUCAGCAGAAACUCUGUACAUGCUUUGAGAAGUCACUUCAUUCAUUUAUGUUGAAAGCAUUAAUCCCGCAUAUCCCUUUAAAAAAGUGUGAACUGGAAAACUAUAAACUGAACAUCUCGCAGGUGAAAGAAAAGUGGCUAAAUCCUUUGAAACAACUUGUAGAACAAAUUAAUGAGAAGUUUAGUGAAUAUUUUCGCUCGAUGCAGUGCGCAGGAGAAAUUGAUUUGCACACAGAUAAUGAGGAAGAAUAUGAUAAGUAUGGUAUCCGAAUCCGAGUGAAGUUUCGCAGCAGUACUCAGCUCCAUGAGCUCACCCCACAUCACCAGAGUGGCGGAGAGCGAAGUGUUUCUACAAUGCUGUAUUUAAUGGCUCUACAGGAAUUAAAUAGAUGCCCCUUUCGAGUUGUAGAUGAAAUCAAUCAGGGUAUGGACCCAACCAAUGAAAGGAGGGUUUUUGAAAUGGUGGUACGCACAGCUUGCAAGGAGAACACCUCUCAGUAUUUCUUUAUCACACCCAAGCUUUUGCAGAAUCUGACUUAUUCUGACAACAUGACAGUGCUGUGUGUUUACAAUGGACCACACAUGCUGCCGCCAGGCAGGUGGAAUCUCAAAGCUUUUCUCAGGAGACGACGAAGAGUACAAGUCCAUAACUGAGAACUAAGGAUAGUUCUAUCUCAGGGAACAGUCAAUUAUGUUUACAUAUAAAAGACUAACUCUUGGGAUCUUAGGAUCAUUUCCCUUACCUUUUUUGCUUCUACUUGGAGUUUGAAGUCUUUUUAAAACAUAACUACCUGUGUUUAUGGAGGCUUAGGGGUUGCCAUUAAAAGGAAUCUAAGUGCCUGGCAGUGUAGUCUCACGUUCUGUUUCUGAAAUGGAUGAUUACUCAACAGAGUUAUCAGGAUUUUGUAAUCCAUUGGGACCAUAGAGUUAGGUGUUCAGGUGUUAUGAGUUUUUGUGUGUUUGGCUCUCAGAUGCUUAUUAUAUGAGCAGAGAAAUGCCAGCUGAUUCUUUCUUGAGUGAUAUCAACACAGGUAAACUUAUUUUUUGCCGGAUACCACUUCCAUUUGCUCUAUAUGUGCAUACCCCCACCAUUUAGAUGGCGGUAUGUUUUGGUAGCUAAUCUAUUGUAGAGAGCUGUAAAAUAGUGGGAGUCAAAGUUUCUGGAACUGAAAAGGUAGCUUGUUUGCUGGACAAAAUGCCCUCCUCUUAAGGAACUUAUUGCCAAUAUAAUGUGCAGAGUGUUCUAUUUCUGUAAUAUGUUAUAUGUCAUGACAGGUUAUUGUGAAAUUAGCGCAUCCAUUGCCUCCUCCCUCCACCACCCGCACCUUAUGGAAACAGUCAUCUUUGAUCUCCUACUUCUUAACUGUUUUUUACAAGCUGUAAUGUACCAUUCAAGCAGUUAGAUGGAAAAACAAAUUAAUGAAUUGUUAAGAACGAUUAAGAUGUGUCUUUAAGGCCUUUGUACAUCUGACCAGACAUCUGUAAUGCAGAAAUGCUUUUUUCAAAAAAAUGAACUAGAUUACAGCCAGACCUUGCAUCCUUGAAGAGGAAUAAAAAGUGCCCUCUUCCCAAAAUCAGAAUUGUGCUAUGGAAAUCAACUACUCAUGAAUGCAGAAAGUAUCUUUGUCUUCAGAUGAGAGACAUGUCUACUCAGUCUGCCGUAAGUGGACAAUAAUGUGCUAUUGAGUCUUUAUUCCUAUUGUGCAGCACAAAAUUUGAAUGAAUCACUAAGUGUCCUUUGCACUGAUGUAACCCUAUGUGGGAGAGUUGCUUGUUGACCAGUUCUCUGUGAAAGUCACCCAACUUAACGACUAGGAUAGUGCAAUAUUAGCCAAGCUGAGCUUCUCCACUUGCCCCAGCAGUUUGGUUCUGAUUACUGCCGUGGGCUAUUGUACAACAAAAACUAAUUUUAAUAUAUUUGGUGUUGUUCAUAUGUGGGCCUGUAGGGGGUAGUGUUUAAUUGAAGGAUUGACUAUUUAAAAUGCUGUGCUGUUCUGCAGUACUGCUUUAUUUUUGUAAAAUAACGUACAAAUUGCAUCAGUUGUGUUGCAAGUUUUUAAAUAUUAAAACAUGGUUCAAAGACGGCCUGAGAGGCUUGCUGCCUUCACAGUAAAACUUGGGAGGAUGUCUUUAAAUCAAAUUCGACGUAGUCAUCAGAGGUGACCAGAGCUUUGUUUUUCCAUAACCACUGCUCAACCUAUUAAUACUUUUGAGAAGGACAUAUACGCUGCCAUACUUGUAUCAAUAACUAAUUCCUUUUAAAGGCAGACAUUUGGAAUUUUUGGAUCUGUGCAGUGUAAUUGAACCAGUUUAAUUUAUUACAUUCCCCUUGCAUUGGUUUUUAGUAAAAUCCCUG